AUGAACCAAGGGAUUACGGGAGGCAAAGCAAGUAAGUCAAAUCAACGGUCACAAGCCAAAGAAAAUGCGAAGGCGAGGAAGGUAGCUGAAGCUUCAUCACCAUCCCAAGUCACGAAGGAACCAACUUUGGAAGAGUUGUUCAGUGGCAUCAUUUAUCAUUGGGCUUCAGCAAAUGGACAAAUUGUUGGAGGUGUAAUUGACCAAGGGAAGAGAGAGAUCUGUUGGGCUAUAUGUCUAGCUCGACUUCUACAGGCUCUAUACAACAUGGAGCAUCCACAUGAUCAGAUCACAUUCUCUUUCGAUGAGCUCGUCGGUCAGAUAAAGCAGGAUAAAGAAGAAAAAAGUUUGGGACUUGCUAAUCUGAAGAAAGCUUUUGCCCAUAUUAGUGUGAAGGGAAUGUUGAAGACUCCAACAAAAGGAGUUGGAAUGGUUGGAGAUAAGGGAAAGAAGGUUCAAGAAAACUUUCACCUUUACGAAGAUGUGGAUUUCUCUAACAUCCGAGAGAGGUUAGAUCGAUCUCCGGUUGCAUUGCGACUAGAGAUAAAAAAUAAGCUUUCAUCAAAUCGUGGGGAGAUUUACUAUUUGCCAAAGAAGGGAAUUAUUACGAAGAACACGCGUCUACACUGCAUCUUACUUAUCGGCUACGGAAUGACCGAACAAGGGGAGUUAUACUUCAUUGGCCAAAACUCAUGGGGUGAGUUAUGGGGACGUCAAGGCUAUGUCCGAAUCGUCAUCAACCACAAAUGUGACAUCAUUUGCCGCAAAGACUAG